AUGUAUGUGAAAUGGUUUGAUACAGUAAUGUUUUACUAUGUGAUUUUAGUGUAUUUAGUAAAUGUCACUUUUUGUCAUUUUCAAAUCACCCGCCAGUUCCGUCCCCGUACAUCAUGACACUUGCAGGGGACGGAACCCAGAUGACAGAUGCCGGCAUCGGCCAGAGGACACUGCAGGAGGGACAUUGCAGGAGCGCAGGACAAGAUAAGAGAAGAACAGAUCCCGGAGCAGAGCCGCAUGGUAAGCCCGAGUGUAGCUCGGGGUUACCGCUUGUAGUACUGAAA